UACCACGAAAAUGACGUCACUCCAAUUCGGCGCUGCGCGACUGAGCCAGAAAAUCAUGACACAGUCUCAACUGGAGAAAGAUGUGGCCAACUAUGUCCUUGCUUAUCUUGCCCGUCAAGGCUAUAAGAACACAAUGAGCAAAUUUUGCAAGAGUGUAACCUUCUUCCUCCUAAUACAACCAUGAUGGUGCUCCCUGAAACGCCCCUCAGUGUUAUUGUGGCUGAAUAUAAUGCUCGCAAGCAGUCCAGUGAGGAGCUUAGCAUUUUAACUGUAUGCGUGUGUGUAUAUAUGUGUUCUGUAAGCUUUGAUGCUAGAAAAACUUGGCCCAAAAGCUUCCUGGAAGGCAUUGUGGGAGAAACUUGAGCACUACUUGAGCCAACUGAGGAUGUUAGCAGACACUCUGCUUGGCUCACAUAAAUAUAAUGUGGGCAGAAAGAGACCAUGUCGCACAAGAGCCCCACAACUGCAGAAGUUCACUGCACCCCCAGAGCCUGAAUCUCCUUCGGGAGCUGCCAGCAACCCCCCCAGCCAAGCCAGUAGCAGCACAGUACCAACACAGCCGGUUGCAACCCCUAUCUCCAGCCCAAGGAAAAGGAAGAAGCCUGUUGAAAUUCACCCUCCAGCUCCAAGUGAGAUGCAGGUGACCCCCCCUGACCCCUCUUUGGCUCCGCGGCAACUGCUGGACAUAUUGCUGGAAGACGAGUCUCUCCAACAGCACUUGGCUGGCCUCAUCAACUCCUCCCUACUUGGUGAUGGUGGGCCAGAGCUGAUGGAUCAUGCAUUAGAUGAAAUUCUGGCAAUGGCAACUCCAGACGAACAUCACACUACUACAUCUGAUGAAAAUCAAUGCUGAUGUUUAGCAGUUGUCAUAUAAUACUCAGACACAUUAUUACUGCAGUGUUGUUAUUGAUGAGAGCUGCUCAAUUUUGUGCUAGUACUGAUGAAGAGUGUGUUAAAGGCAGCAGUGUUAGAGAUACUGGAAGGAAAGUGUGGCGGAGGCACCGUAGAGAUUUUCCUACGGUUGACAGCAACUUCACCAUGAAUUAUUAUUAGCAGCC